AUGUCUCUCAAACUCAAGAAUAGAUCCAAUAGGGCACGCAACUGGAAGAUAGGUUUAGUGUCCGGUGCGGUUAUAAUUGGCACGUCUUAUUUGAUACUCAACACCUUCCCCCACUUGAAAACAUCGAUCUAUAAUGUUAUUUAUGGUACCGAGGAUGAGCUGGAAGAAGAUGACGAACGAGAUAUACAAACGCGGCGAGUUGUCAUAGAAAGUGAACAUUCCGAUCCAAAUAAUAGAAACAAAACGAUUGAUUUGUUUCAGUCCGAGAGAGCUUUUAAUGCACAAGACAAAGACAAUGAAAUUUCGACUUGGGCUGUCUCUGAACUCAAGUCAUGGUUGGUCAAGGUAUGA